UAAUAACAUUGUUACGCGUACUGUUUGCUUGAACACUGUAGAUAAUUAUGCUUCUUCGAGUUACUUUUUUGAUGAUCCUUCCUUCAAUUUUUGCGCUAAACUUUUCCGAAGGAAGGUCCUACUUUUUCAAGACCAAAACCAAUGCUGGCAACAAUAACGAAUUCACUGUGUACAAUCGGAUGCACUUUUUAAAUCACAACAUAAGCGAUUACGAUGUCAACCCUCAUCCGCCGCAAAACAUUAAAGUGGUCAAAGUGAACCCCAGAAAUCAUUUAGGGAAUAAUAGUAGUGAACUAAGAAAUGGUGUCCCAAAAAAAUUCUAUUUGGACCCGGAAUGGGACUACUACCACGAAGAAAAACCCAUAAACAAAAGUCAGCUACCGGUGUUCAUCAAAAAAAUAUACGAACAACGACUCAGAGAUACCAAUAAAACUGAUACUGUUCGAAUUUAUUUCAAUUCGAACCGAAAUCGUAGCAAAGUAUUUAAGUUUGAUUUCGAAUUAAAAGCCGGCGAAAAUAUCACAGAUGCUGACAUGUAUUUUUAUUGGCCUUUGGAAAACACAUCCAGCAUCUUUAAAACGUCAGUUGUAUUGAAACUGUAUCAAUUUGAAAAGCUUGACAACAGUGCCCUAAACGAGUCAAAUUUGGUGGAAAAUCCGGAUAUUCACAGGCUCUUUAAUGUUAUUUAUAUUGCGAAGGCCCAAAAAGGAUGGCAGACUUUCAAAAUCAAAAAACCUUUAGACAAUUGGAACAAUGGCGAAGACAAUUUAGGCCUAUUACUAACGAUAUCGACUUAUGAAGAUAACAAACUAAUAUCAAUAUUCAGUGACACAAAUCAAGGAGCUUUAAGAACGUUUGCAGUCCUUAAUAUUGAAAACAGUAACGCCUCAAUAUCGACUUCGAUCAACCAAAACCAAACCUCAACAUCAAAAUUUACACCAACGUGUUCAAAAAGACAAUUCCGAAUCAACUUCAGCCAUUUCCAUUGGGACAAGUUCAUUCUAUUUCCGGAAAAUGGGCUCACGAUCUACGAGUGUGCAGGCAAAUGUCACAAUUUUCAGGAAAACAACCACGUCAAGUUGAGGCUUUUGGCUCACGGGACGAGAGAAAAAAUCUGCUGCGUUCCGACAGGAUAUUGGAGCUAUCCGAUAAUGUUUGCGAAUAAGUUUGGCAACGUUGUUCUGAAGAACUACGGCGACAUUGUUGUGAAACAGUGUGGAUGUAGAUAAUAUUUUUUUUUUUGAGACACACCCUGUAUGUACAAUAUUUUUAUUUUGAAAUAAAUGAAUCAUCAAGAUUU